GAUUGAAGCGCUUCAGUGAGCGCUCGCCGCCGCCCAGCCUCUCCUCGCGCGCCUCCUAGCUCCUGGCAGAGCAACCCGGAGCCGGGAGUGGUCCAGAGCCUGAGGGUGGGAAGGACGAGUCUGUCUAGCUUUUCUCCUGUCUUGUUUCUUUUCCCUCUCUCCUCCCCUCUUGUGUGCGAGUGAGUGUGUAAGCUAUGGAGCGAAGAGCCUGGACUCUGCAGUGCACUGCUUUCACCCUCUUUUGCGCUUGGUGUGCUCUGAACAGUGUAAAAGCGAAGAGGCAGUUUGUCAAUGAAUGGGCUGCGGAGAUCCCCGGGGGCCUGGAGGCAGCCUCGGCCAUCGCCGAGGAGCUGGGUUAUGACCUCUUGGGUCAGAUUGGAUCACUUGAGAAUCACUACUUAUUCAAACACAAAAACCAUCCCCGAAGGUCUCGAAGGAGUGCCUUUCAUAUCACUAAAAGAUUAUCUGAUGAUGAUCGCGUGAUAUGGGCCGAACAGCAGUAUGAAAAAGAGAGAAGUAAACGUUCACCUCUGAGAGACUCAGCACUGGAUCUCUUCAACGAUCCGAUGUGGAAUCAGCAGUGGUACCUGCAAGAUACAAGGAUGACUGCAGCCCUGCCCAAGCUGGAUCUUCAUGUGAUACCUGUUUGGCAAAAAGGCAUUACAGGCAAAGGAGUUGUUAUCACUGUACUGGAUGAUGGCUUGGAGUGGAAUCACACAGAUAUUUAUGCCAAUUACGAUCCAGAGGCUAGCUAUGAUUUUAAUGAUAAUGACCAUGAUCCGUUUCCCCGAUAUGACCCCACAAAUGAGAACAAACAUGGGACCAGAUGUGCAGGAGAAAUUGCCAUGCAAGCAAAUAAUCACAAAUGUGGGGUUGGAGUUGCAUACAAUUCCAAAGUCGGAGGCAUAAGAAUGCUGGAUGGCAUUGUUACCGAUGCUAUUGAGGCCAGUUCAAUUGGAUUCAAUCCUGGACAUGUGGAUAUUUAUAGUGCAAGCUGGGGCCCUAAUGAUGAUGGGAAAACUGUGGAGGGGCCUGGCAGACUAGCCCAGAAGGCUUUUGAGUAUGGUGUCAAACAGGGGAGACAAGGAAAGGGUUCCGUCUUCGUCUGGGCUUCUGGGAAUGGGGGACGUCAGGGAGAUAACUGUGACUGUGAUGGCUACACAGACAGCAUCUACACCAUCUCCAUCAGCAGUGCCUCCCAGCAAGGCCUGUCCCCCUGGUAUGCCGAGAAGUGCUCCUCCACGCUGGCCACCUCGUACAGCAGCGGGGAUUACACCGACCAGCGAAUCACGAGUGCUGACCUGCACAAUGACUGCACUGAGACCCACACGGGCACCUCGGCCUCGGCACCCCUGGCUGCUGGCAUCUUCGCUCUGGCCCUGGAAGCAAACCCAAAUCUCACCUGGAGAGAUAUGCAGCACUUGGUUGUCUGGACUUCUGAGUAUGACCCACUGGCCAAUAACCCUGGAUGGAAGAAGAACGGAGCAGGCUUGAUGGUGAACAGUCGAUUUGGAUUCGGCUUGCUUAAUGCAAAAGCUUUGGUGGAUUUAGCUGAUCCCAGGACCUGGAGCAGUGUGCCUGAGAAGAAGGAGUGUGUUGUAAAGGACAAUGACUUUGAGCCCAGAGUCCUGAAAGCUAAUGGGGAAGUUAUCAUUGAAAUUCCAACAAGAGCUUGUGAAGGACAAGAAAACGCUAUCAAGUCCCUGGAGCACGUACAAUUUGAAGCAACAAUUGAAUAUUCCCGUAGGGGAGACCUUCAUGUCACACUGACGUCUGCUGCUGGAACCAGCACUGUAUUGUUGGCUGAAAGAGAGCGGGAUACAUCUCCUAAUGGCUUUAAGAAUUGGGACUUCAUGUCUGUUCACACAUGGGGAGAGAAUCCUAUAGGCACUUGGACUUUGCGAAUUGCAGACAUGUCCGGAAGAAUGCAAAAUGAAGGAAGGAUUGUGAACUGGAAGCUGAUUUUGCAUGGAACCUCUUUGCAGCCAGAGCACAUGCAACAGCCUCGCGUGUACACGUCCUACAACACCGUUCAGAAUGACCGAAGAGGGGUGGAGAAGAUGGUAGACUUGGGAGAGGAGCAGCCCACGCAAGAAAACCCUAACGAGAAUCUCCUGGCGUCCAAAAGCCCCAGCAGUGGCAGCGUGGAAGACAGGAGGGAUGAGCUGGCACAGGGAGCCCCUUCUGAGGCCAUGCUGCGACUCCUACAAAGUGCUUUCAGCAAAAACUUGCAGUCAGAGCAAUCACCAAAGAAGUCCCCAAGUGCAAAGCUCAACAUCCCUUACGAAAACUUCUACGAAGCCCUGGAAAAGCUGAACAAACCUUCCCAGCUUAAAGACUCUGAGGAUAGUCUGUAUAACGACUACGUUGAUGUUUUCUACAACACAAAACCUUACAAGCACAGAGAUGAUCGGCUGCUGCAAGCUCUGGUGGACAUUCUGAAUGAGGAAAAUUAAAAUAAGUGUGAAGUCCCAAGUUGGAAAUAUUCAUGCUUCUUCCUUCCCCUUAGAUUUUGCCUGUGUCUGAAGUGGUUGUUUUGUCAUUGAUUCCUAUGCAUAUUACAUCCUUUGUGGUACUUUUUGGUUUUUUCCCCAAACUGUACAUUUGAGGGGGAUGAGCUCAAGUAGGAAAUCCAACUUCCAGAAUUGAUUAUGGCUCUUUCAAAACAUGUCUUCCCUGCCUGUGCAAGUGAUGUGUUUUGUUCUUUCUGGAGUCACAGUUGACACACAUCCCUCACACCUCAUUAGUACACCUACCUGAGCCCAUUUCAUUUCUCAAAAGAAAAGGCAAAACACAGGCAAUCGAUUAACAUGAAAAAGUAAUCUGCAAAGAAUGAGAAAAAGAGAAAAUGGUUGCUAUAGCUUGUUCCCUGUCUUUACCAUGUGGCUCUUCAAAUUUGAUGGCAAGGAAGCAGUUGGAAAGUUUCUAACAAGAGUUCACAAUUAGACCCACACCCUGGGCCUUUCUACUACAAUGUGUUACACAUUCCUAGAGUGGCGGUAUUGUCAUUUGGGGUGGGGGUGGGGGGGACUAAAUUAUUUUGAUCCAGAAGCAGUUCUUGAAAUUGACCUUCUCUGGUCUGAGUGGUCUCAGAACAUUCUUUGCUCAGUGCACAGUAUAGAGGCCUCCAUGGCUCUAACAGUGGCUGGGACUCAAGCUAAGUACCCUGGCCUUCCUCUAUUUCCCCUUCUUCUGAAGGUGUCUCCUUUCUCAACCAGAAACUAAAUAUUGGGAGAACUAAUUUAUGCCACUUUCUCUGAAUGAACUUACACAUGGGACUUGGCAAAUUCCUAGUCAUAAAUUUUUAAACAAUAAUAACCGGAAACUUCUCAUAACAUGCAGAACCAAUAUAAUAAGGAAAAUAUUAAUAAUGGGGAGAACCAAUGAGAGGUUUUGUUUUUGUUUUUUCAAAUUGUGUUCAUUAGAACAGGUUGUUCUGGAUCUUUGAAACAAUGUUCCUUCCUUGGCAAUAACCGAUCUCCAAUCUUGCAGCUAGUAGUAUCCAAAUUCUCACCAAAUUGCUUCCAAGCUUCAAACCAAAAAACAAACUGUCAGCCCACAGACCUCGUUUGUCUCUCAGAUACUUUGAGUUUGAUAUGCACAAUGUUUUAAACAUGUGAAUGAUUAUUGAAAGUAUGAGAUUUCACAUAAAACCUGAUUCUCAAACCCAUCUACCCUCAUGGCAACAGUUGGCUAGAACUGAGUAGAAGCUGCCUGGUUAGACCUGAGUUGUGGGUCUCCAUAGCACCCUACUCCAUGCCACUUACACUUAUUCAUUACUGGUCAGCAUCCAAUAGGCAUUUGAUUUUGCCCACUCCUACACUAAAUGAAUGUGUACAAAGUAUAAAUGCAUUAGGAUGAAAAACUACCCUCACCUUCUUUUAAGCAACAUCUGUAUAGGAUAAUGAUUAUGAGAGUUAUGAUCUAAUUAAUUUUGGUUGCAUUUAUAAGCCAAAAAGGAAAAAAAUAUUUUAGAUGCUGAAAGUACCUCUGAAAUCCAGUUUGAUGUAUUUAUUGAAUCUCACCUCACCUGGAUGCUCGUUUAUACUAAUUCAUUAAUCACCAACCUUCUAGCCUCUUUCUCUCAAUAUGCUCCCAAAGGUUCCAGUCACCUACAAUGCUGGUCCCACUGAGUUUGCUGUUUGCAAUUCUUCCAUGAAGUUUGAACUUCAUAAGGCCACUCAUGGUAUUGAAAUAGUUUAGGAAGAGAACACUAGAAUCUGUCACUUGCUUUGGCUUGAAGCGUGGUUGUAAGAUAAACUUUCACCUGCUGUUCUACCAUUUGAAUUUGUGAAGAAUGAGGGUAAUUCCAGAGCAAUGCCCACGGUGCUUAGAGGAUGGCCUAAAAGAUUUGCAGUAAUAUCAUUCUGUCCUUGGAAGUUUCACAUGUUGCUUGAUAUAAAGUGUUGGAUAGAAUUUAGAAUAUUGCAGCACAUCAAAAAGUAUUAAAACUGAAAAGAACUAGAGAGCUAUUAGAGUAAUUUUCAAUGAAAAAACCCAAAAACUAGGUUCAGAGAUGCCUAUAAGUGGUAAUAAAUGAAUGAGUUGGAAUUAAAACUCAUCCUUUCCCCAUUCCCAAUCUAGUGCUAAACAUAUGAAACUUUCUUUUUAGUCCUUCCUACCAAUAUCUUUUCCUGGUUAAAACACCAACCAAUUCAUUGGGUUGUAGCCAAAGGUUCACUCUAGAGAAGCUUUAAUGUUUAAGUAAAGUCAUGUCUGAAUGUUUCCAACCUGGAGUAUAUUGUUCAGACAUAAAAUAGUUUUGUCAGUCUUUCUUAGUGCCUGUAUGGUUUUUUGUGAAAAUGUAAGAGAGGAAACAUAUAAUAUUUCCCUUGGAAUUUUAAACUAUAUUUUCUUUAUAGGUAUUUAUAAUGUACCAAUGCUUUUACCAAGCAGAACUUUAAAAGGCCUAAUAAAUUAUAUUAAAGAACCAAAAGUUUUCUUGAGAAUAAGAAAGUUUCAUCCAAUAAAAUAUUUUUGAAAGGCAUGUUCCUCUGUCAAUAAAAAAAGUAUAAUAUGUAUGUGUUGUGAUAGUAUAAGUGAAAUUUGUCUAAUAGCGUAAUACAAUGUGUAGUUGAGUCUAACGUGUGUGGUCUUAGUAUUCCUAAGGGAACUCCCACAUUAUAUACUUGAUGUAUUAAUCACAAUAUGUAAAAUAUGCUUAUAAAUCAGAAGAAUAAAUGGUUUCCACUAAGUCAAAAAGAAAAAA